AUGACGGGCGGAAGGUUCGACUUCGACGACGGCGGCACUUACUGCGGUGGUUGGGAGGAUGGCAAAGCCCACGGACACGGCAUCUGCACCGGACCCAAGGGCCAGGGCGAGUAUGCGGGCUCUUGGUCGCACGGCUUCGAGAUAGUCGGCGUGUACACCUGGCCCAGUGGCAACACCUACAAGGGCUACUGGUCCCAGGGCAAAAGGCAUGGGCUCGGCGUGGAGAAUAAAGGCAAGUGGAUCUACCGCGGGGAGUGGAGCCACGGCUUCAAGGGGCGCUACGGCGUCCGGCAGAGCCACAACACACCUGCGAGAUACGACGGCACCUGGAGCAACGGGCUCCAAGAUGGAUAUGGCAUCGAAACCUACGGCGAUGGAGGCACCUAUCAAGGCCAGUGGAUGGGUGGAAUGCGCCAUGGCUACGGUGUGCGUCAAAGCGUUCCUUAUGGGAUGGCGACUGUUAUCCGCUCGCCCUUGCGUACGUCCAUGGCCUCCCUGCGCUCCGAGCAGAGCAACGGCACCGUGCUUCAGGACCUGUCUUCCCCCGCGGACACCCCCACGGGCAACCGCGGCGGCUUCGUCCUAAACUUCCACUCGGACAGCGAGGUGGUGACGGGCAAAAAGAAGGGCCUCUUCCGCCGCGGGUCCCUCUUCGGGAGCCUGCGGCAGUUGCGCAAGUCCGACUCUCGGACCUCCAUCUCUAGCAAGCGUAGUUCAGCGCGUAGCGACGCCACCAUGAGCCGCAUCAGCUCCAGCGACGCCAACUCCACCAUAUCCAUCGGUGACGGCGAGUUGCAAGACGAGGAUCUUCUUUUGGAGGACCACGUGGACGCCACCACCACCGAGAGCUACAUGGGCGAAUGGAAGAACGACAAGCGCAACGGAUUUGGCGUUUCAGAGCGAUCCAAUGGAAUGAAGUAUGAGGGAGAGUGGUUGAACAACAAGCGCCAUGGUUAUGGCUGCACGGUUUUCCCAGAUGGCACCAAAGAAGAAGGGAAGUACAAAAAUAAUGUGCUGGUGCGUGGAAUAAGGAAGCAGCUGAUUCCUCUGAAGAACCCCAAAACCAAAGAGAAGGUGGAUCGGGCUGUUGAGGGGGCGCAGAGGGCAGCGGCUAUUGCCAGGAGUAAAGUGGAAAUAGCAGCUUCCAGGACGGCCCAUGCCAGGACAAAGAGCGAGGCUGCCGACCAGGCCGCUAUCUCUGCAGUGCAAGAUGCUGAAAUCGCUAGAGCGGUUGCCCGGGAGCUUGCCCCCAACUUCUACCAACCAGGGCCUGACUACGUGAAACAGCAGUUUAAAGAGCCUGUAGAAAUGAAGGAGGUCCCCGUUGUCAAGAAAGACGACUCGCCAAGUGAUUCUCCCCAUUUUUACCGCAAAGGUACCACCCCUCCUCAUUCUCCAUUGAAUAGUCCCGUGGGCUCUCCUCCCCACUCACCUCACUCCAGCAAGAAGAAAGGCCACCACCAUCUUGCCAACCACAACAGCCGAAAAACCAGCAAAGAGGAGCAGCAGCCUUCCCGUAAAACAAGCAAGGAGGAAAAGUCUGCUCAUAAAGCCAGCAAAGACGAACGUUCGAGCAAGAAGCCGAGCAAAGAGGAAAGGAUGUCCGUCCCCGAUGGCCCCAAAGCUACUCCUAUGCACAUCGAGGCUCCCCCUAAACCCGCUAAACCUCAACAGCCGAGCCCUCCGCCCGAUGUCCCCGUACCUCCUCCCGCGGUCCCGGUCAAUGGCCAGCUUCACACAGAGUACCACAGUUACUACGUCAAGGCACCUGUAAAGGGCCCUCCGCCCCCUGACCCAGAGGAAGACCCAGAAGAAGAACCUAGUGCCCUGGCCUUGGCACGCCUACCACCACAGUCCAGGUCUGCUAAUACCCCGACCCCAAAGCCUGCCUCCGUACGGGAUAGCCAGAGCGACCCAAAACUCAGGAAGCAAGAUUCCCUCAAGCCAAAGAGCCUCGCAGAUACAAAGAAAGCAAGUAUGGAGAUUGCAGAAACCACUGAGGAGACGGGUCCCAACUCCAUCCUUGUCGCUAUGGUAAUGCUGCUGAAUAUCGGCCUUGCAAUAAUAUUUGUCCAUUUUCUGACAUGA